UUAGAAAAGCACAAAGCCAACAUCGUCAAGGUGAAAUGGGCCAGGGAAAACUAUCACCACAACCAAGGCUCAACUUACUCCCUGCGACUGGCAUCAGCAGAUGCCAGUGGAAAAAUUAUUGUGUGGGAUGUUGCAUCUGGCACAACACGAUGUGAAAUACAGGAGCAUUCUAAACCCAUCCAUGACAUGCAGUGGCUGUGGAGCCAGGAUGCCUCUCGUGAUCUGCUGCUGGCGGUGCAUCCCCCUAAUCUCAUUGUACUGUGGAAUGCGGACACUGGAACAAAACUCUGGAAAAAGAGCUAUGCAGAAAAUAUCCUUUCUUUCUCCUUCAACCCUUUCCAGCCUUCUCAGCUUGCUUUACUGACUAGCGAGGGCAUCGUGUUUGUCUCAGACUUUUCUCCAUCCAAGCCCCCCGCCAGCAGUGGAAGGAAAGUUUAUAUAUCCAGCCCUCACUCCAGUCCUGCUCAUGCAAAGCCAGUGACAACUACUGGUGCAAAGAAAGCCCUUAAUAAAGUGAAGAUACUCAUCACGAAUGAGAAGCCAAGUGCUGAGACUGUGACACUGAAUGAGUGCUUGCAGCUGUCCUACUUACCAUCUAGGCGUCACCACAUGCUGCUGCUUUAUCCCAGAGAAAUACUCAUCUUAGAUCUGGAGGUGAAUCAGACUGUUGGAGUUGUCGCUAUAGAGAGGACAGGUGUUCCUUUCCUUCAGGUGACCCCAUGCUUUCAGAGGGAUGUCCUAUAUUGCCUCCAUGAGAAUGGCUGCAUUACACUCCGGGUAGGAAGGCAGAGCUGUGGAAGUUCAGGAGCAACAAGUGAGGAAGCAGAGGCUGAUCCAGUGCCAGAAAUGACUUACGACCUAAAAUGCCAGUGUGACGCCAUCCGGGUAACCAAGACAGUGCGUCCAUAUAGCAUCGCUUGCAGCCCGACAAAUGAGAAUACUGUUGCUCUGAUCAUUAGUGAUGGUCGGGUCAUGAUAUGGGAGCUAAAGUCCAGUGUGCCUGGGAAAAAGAUUCGGAAUGCCAGCUCCACUACCUGUGCUUUAUAUGCUCCUUCAUCAUUCUGUGGAAGUCCAGUGGGACCGCUACAGAAAAAGUGUCCUGACCUCUCUUUGGGUAGUAUGAUUGCUGGUCAGAGCAUGCUGUCCUGUGAUUCUGCUCUAUCUGGGGGUCCACUCCAUGAAGUCCACCUCAAGUUCUUGCUGACAGGCCUUCUGUCUGGACUUCCUCAGCCCCCAUUUGUGGUGAGAAUGUGUCCUCCACUCACUACCAAGAAUAUUACACAGUAUAAGCCCCUUCUUGCAGUAGGCACCAGCAAUGGCUCAGUUUUUGUGUAUAAUCUGACUAGUGGGCUGCUGCACAAAGAGUUAAAUAUACAUUCAUGUGAAGUCAGGGGCAUUGAAUGGACCAGCCUUACAAACUUCUUGUCUUUUGCCACCUCAACCCCUAACAAUGUUGGCUUAGUGAGGAAUGAACUACAGCUGGUUGAUCUGCUUACAGGCAGAAGUAUGUCAUUCAGAGGAGAGAGAGGAAAUGACGAACAGUCCAUAGAGAGAUGAUCAAAGUAUCUCAUUUAAAGCAGUAUCUUGUUGGUGGUGUUUUAAGGACAAGCCUAUGGAAUUAUGGGAUAUCAGGACUUGUACUCUGCUGCGUGAGAUGUCAAAGAUCUUCCCUACAGUAACUGCCUUGGAGUGGUCCCCGUCUCAUAAUCUGAAGAGCCUCCGCAAAAAGCAGAUGGCAGCUCGCGAGGCAAUGGCACGUCAGACAGUGUCCUCAGACAGUGAUCCAAACAGCGUUGAGUCUUCAGUCAUCAGUCUGUUACAGGAGGCGGAGAGCAAGUCGGAGCUGAGCCAAAACAUCUCUGCGCGGGAGCACUUUGUGUUCACAGACACAGAUGGGCAGGUUUAUCACCUUACUGUGGAAGGGAACAGUGUGAAAGACAGCGCCAGGAUUCCCCCAGAUGGCAGCAUGGGUAGCAUUUCAUGCAUUGCUUGGAAAGGUGACAUCUUGGUUUUGGGAGAUGUUGAUGGGAACCUGAAUUUUUGGGACCUAAAAGGUCGUAUGUCAAGGGGAGUACCUACACACCGAAACUGUGUGCGGAAAAUCCGAUUUGCUCCAGGAAAAGGGAAUCAGAAGCUAAUUGUGCUGUAUAAUGACGGAGCUGAGGUUUGGGAUACCAAAGAGAUUCAGAUGGUGAGCAACCUUCGUACUGGAAGGAAUGUGAAUUAUCGAGUCUUGGAUGUAGACUGGUGCUCCUCAGACAAGGUCAUCCUGGCCUGUGAUGACGGCUGCAUCAGAGUACUGGAGAUGUCUAUGAAGUCUUCAAACUUCAGAAUGGAUGAACAAGAGCUAAUAGAUCCUGUGUGGUGCCCAUACAUGUUGCUUCCAAGAGCCUCUCUUGUGUUAAAGGCUUUCCUGCUUCACCAGCCGUGGGGGGAGAAAUACUCUUUAGACAUUGCAGAUGUUGUCUAUCCAGAACAUGAUGAAUUGAGUAAAAGAUAGAUUUACAGGCUUUUAACACAGUAAAAUACUUUGUCUUUGUAGUGAUGUGAAGGACCUUCUUCUAGACUCAGAAUUCAUGCUUACACAGAGGUGUCUGUUGGUGGCAAGGUUAUAUGGUGAUGAAUCUGAGCUUCAUUUUUGGACAGUGGCUUCUCACUAUCUACAGGUUUACCAAAGUGAUUCACCUCAUGCCAGAGUCCCAGGAGACCCAUUGGACAUCUGUUACGACCUGUUAUGUGAGAAUGCUUACUUCCAAAAAUUCCAGUUGGACAGAAUUUGUCUUCAGGAAGUGAAACGCUCCAGUUAUGAACAUACCAGAAAAUGUGCUGACCAGCUAUUGCUACUAGGACAGACUGACAGAGCUGUACAGCUGCUACUAGAGACCAGCGCUGACAAUCCGCAGUAUUACUGUGAUUCACUGAAGGCCUGUCUGGUGACCACAGUCACUUCCUCUGGACCUUCUCAGAGCACCAUUAAACUUGUGGCAACCAAUAUGAUAGCCAAUGGAAAACUGGCAGAGGGAGUGCAGCUACUGUGCCUGAUAGACAAAGCUGCGGAUGCCUGCCGUUACCUGCAGACGUAUAAUGAGUGGAACCAUGCAGCAUGGCUUGCCAAGGUGCGACUGAAUCCAGAAGAAUGUGCGGAGGUCAUGAAACGUUGGGUGGACCAUCUCUGUUCCCCACAUAUCAAUCAGAAAUAUAAAGCAAUCCUUGUUCUCCUUUCUCUUGGCUGCUUCAGAAAAGUAAUAGAAAUGUUACACAGCAUGAGGUGCUUUGAUCGUGCUGCCUUGUUUCUGGAAGCCUGUCUGCGAUGUUCGGCAUUUGAAACCACUGACGAGUCCAAUAAAUUGAUCUCUGCAGUGUUUGCAGAUUACGCACGCAGUCUCCGCUCUCUAGGAUUCACACAGGGAGCAUUGCGAUUUGCCAAGAAAGCAGGAGAUGCUGGUACAGAUUUACUGUCUGAACUUCAGAGCCACAAACCUGAGGAAGAGGAGCAUGAAUAA